AUGGUGGGUGCAACCCAGAUAUUGGCAGAGUUAUUUCAUGCAACUAGUACAGCACGUAAAGCUUUUAUUACGCCUGGUUAUGAGAAAAAGACACAGAAUUUGCUUAAUGAAUCUGUGACAGGUGAAUGGCUUUUUGGAGACAAAUUAGGUGAGAGAGUCAAGGACCUUAAAGCUGUAGAAAGUGUUGCACUCGAGCUAAAACCUCAAGAUGAAGAGAAGAAAAAUCAGCAAAGUACACCAGACGUCACAAAUUUUAUAAAUAGCGAAACAACUGAAUUACAUAAUGCUAUUAAUAGACUGGAAGAUAUUGGAGCAAUUGAAAAAUCUUAUGUCAACAAAAUGGGUGGAAUUCGUUUUCCACAUUUAAAUAAAAUCACCAAAGAGCUUUGGGACUGGUGUGAAUCAAGAAAAAUAUGGGUAUUUGCUGAGUAUAUUCCUUCAAAAGAAAAUACAGAAGCAGAUACCGAAUCAAGAAUAACAAAUCUUGACACUGAGUGGGAGUUAAAUGAUAAAAAUUAUAAAACAAUUGUUGAUAAAUUUGGUAAACCAGAAAUAGAUUUAUUUGCCACCAGAUGUAACAAAAAGUGCAAUAAAUUUUGUUCCUGGCAAAGAGACCCAGAGGCAUUAGUUAUUAAUGCAUUUACCAUGAACUGGGAAAAAUAUUUCUGGUAUGCUUUUCCACCAUUUGCACUCAUCCCAAGAAUCAUGAAAAAGAUCAGGGAAGAGGGAUCCAGUGGUGUUAUUGUGGAAAAUACAACAUCCAAUGGCCUCGAGCCUUUCACUGAUUGCAGGGAUAUUAUCACCAGGUCCUUUAAAUUAAAAGGAUCAUCAGACGAAGUAGCCAAAGUCUUAUUGGCUUCAUUGGCUGAUUCAACAAUUAAACAAUAUCAGUCAGCACUUAAAGUAUGGUGGUCAUAUUGUCAAGAAAGAAGGUACAAUCCUUAUCAAGCUGAGGCCAGGGUGGUACUUGAAUUUUUAGCAGACAGACUAAAAGCAGGAGCUUCUUAUGGUACCUUGAACACUUUAAGAGCUGCAAUAUCAUUAAUUAGCAAGGAAAGUCUAUCAGAAUGUGCUAUGUUAAAUAGAUUUUUUAAGAGGGUUUUUCGUAUAAAACCAAUAAGACCAAAGUACAACAGUUUUAGAGUUCAAUCUUUAGCACUAAUUAAAUUGAGUUGCAUCAAGUUCAAAUCAUCUACAGUAGAAAUAAAAAUAGAAGACAUCACUAAGACAUCAAGACCUGGUACAUUUAAUCCAUUCCUGGAGUUUCCUUGGUUCAAGGAAAAACCAGGUUUAUGUGUUGCACUAACACUGCAAGAGUAUAUUAAUGUAACAGAAACAAUAAGAAAAAAUAAAUCAGGGCAAUUAUUUUUAUCAUAUGUCAAACCACAUGGUGAAGCUUCAUCACAAACACUCAGCAGAUGGAUAAAAGAAAUAUUAGUCGAAUGUGGCAUUGAUGACAAGUAUACUGCCCACAGUACAAGACAUGCAUCAACAUCAUUUGCAUUUAAAAAAGGACUAGAUUAUGACACUAUUAGAAAUUCAGCAGGUUGGUCAAAAGACUCAAGUGUAUUUGCAAGAUUUUAUAACCGACCGAUUACUGUAAAUAAUAAUAACUUUGCAAAAACUGUAAUUUUAGAUCAAAUAUAA